AUGGCGGGGCCCGGGACGGCCGCGGCGGCUGUGCUCCCGGCGGUCCUGCUGGCCCUGCUGGCGCCCUGGGCGGACCGAGGGGGCGCCGCCGCGCCCACCGCACCCAACGGCACGCUGGAGGCCGAGCUGGAGCACCGCUGGGAGAGCCUGCUGGCGCGCUCGCUGGCGCGCUUGCCGGUGGCCUCGCAGCCCAAAGAGGCUGCCGUCCAGAGUGGAGCCGGCGAUUACCUGCUGGGCAUCAAGCGGCUGCGGCGGCUGUACUGCAACGUGGGCAUCGGCUUCCACUUGCAGGUGCUCCCCGACGGUCGCAUAGGCGGCGUGCACGCGGACACGAGCGACAGUCUGCUGGAGCUCUCCCCAGUGGAACGGGGCAUCGUGAGCAUCUUCGGAGUGGCCAGCAGAUUCUUUGUGGCCAUGAGCAGCAAGGGGAAGCUCUAUGGCUCGCCCUUCUUCGCUGAUGAGUGCAAGUUCAGGGAGACACUGCUUCCCAACAACUACAACGCCUACGAGUCGCACGAGCACCCCGGCCUGUUCAUCGCGCUGAGCAAGAACGGAAGGGCCAAGAAGGGGAACCGAGUGUCGCCCACCAUGAAGGUCACCCACUUCCUCCCCAGGCUGUGA